GUCACUCGUUGGUUUCUUGGGACACAGACAGCCUCUUCACUUUCCUAUCCCAGUAAUCCACUUUGAGAGCCAUGUCGCCUCUUUCGCCAGUCCUUUUAUCGUCCGUCUUCCUGGCCGGCCUUGUCAAGGCUCAAGCGGCCACGGGUACCUUCCCCGAGACGCCCUUGGCUAGCAAGCACUUCAAGUACCCGGAUGAGAUUCCUUACAAGGUCGACACUGACCAGGGUCUCAUCCGCGGUACCCAGUUCGGUUACAACCUCUGUAACUCGACCACCGAGGGACAGGACUCCCUGUGCCAGACCAGUUUCCUGAACUCCCUCGAUGACUUCUGCCUUUGGGCCCCGUCCGAACCGAACUCCAUGAUUGCUGACACGGAGGGCGAGGAAGUCGCGUGGUGCACGAAGCCUGGACGCGGCACGCGUCUCAUCCCCGAGGGUGCCCUCACCGGCGUGCAGUUCAUGCGCACGUCUGCCUACGUCCAGGUUAUUGGCUUCAUCGACCAGACUAAGAUCAACAUCGCGGAUGGUGACUUUGGUGGCGAGCUCGACCCGCAUGGUGCCGAUCUCCGUGGUAACCCUAUGGGUGGUCUUGUCUACUCGACUGCCUUCAGCUCGAGUGGCGACGAGUACACGCAGAUGAUUGAGUGGCACAACUUCAUGGGCGGCAACGCGUUCUGCUUCAAGGUCUGCGAUCCGUCCAACGAGCACGCCGCCGACUACUGCCAGCACAUCUACGACCGCAUCGGCUGCGCGUACAACGCGCCCAACAACGCCCAGGACAAGGUCUUCGAGUCCUGCGAGGGCGACCUCCAGGACUUCCCCGGCGUCUACACCGGUUCCGACGGCCAGGUCACCACCUACACGCAGCCCCCUGAGUCGCUCGGCGCGAUCACGACCAUGCCGUACCAGCCGCGCGUGCCCGCGUCGUCCAACUGCCAGACGUUCACGAGCUCGGAGCUGUACUCGGCGCUGGCGAGCGCCAGCGGUAGCGGCUCCGCGUCGGGCAGCGGCUCUGGCUCCUCGUCGCGCGCGAGCGGCUCGAGCACGACGACCGGCUCGGCCGCGGACACGACGGGUAGCAACGCGGCCGUGGGCGUGCGCGUCGGCGCCGAGGGCGUCGCGUGGACGGGUGUGUUCUGGGUGGCGGCGGCUGCCAUCGCGGGCGCCGUCGGUGUGAUGGCGUAAGGGGAGAUAUCGUGUCGUGUUUCUUGUGCAUGGACUUUUGGUUUGCUUUCGGGACUCGCUGCUAUCGGGGAUCUACUCAACUAUCGUACGCUGUAUCCAUGGCCGGACUAAUGCUGCAAUGACCUGCUUGCUAUCUAGACAUGGACAGUACUUGGGCCGAGGGUUGCGUGAAGUUGUGUGAGCAAGAUUACACUCAAGAAUACGGGGUUGUCAUGCCUAAAGAGAUGGAGGGAUGUUCAGCACAGGUGGUAGUUGUGCUUCGGAAAGUGCCGAUAUCGCAGUCUUCCC